CUGGUGUGAAGAUGCAAAAAUAGCCAAAAAGAGUAUCAAAAAGAAUGAUGAAAAUAUUGACUAAAUGAUCCACCACGUAGGACCAAAUCCACGACAUGAAAUAAGAUUUACACCCAAGGAUAUCUUCAGAACAUUGAAUGACCGAGCUCUACAUGAAGAAACAAAACCACAACGAAACAAUAUCACAGUAUUCACAGUCGUUAAUGAAGCUGGUGGACAUUGUAAAACAAAGCCAUGAACACCCAGAAGGAGGUAAAUCACUGAAGGAACAGCUGAUAGUAGGAGCCUAUGCGCCUAAACUAAGAUGGGAACGAGAUGAGUUGAAUGAAAAUGAGCAGUGGAACGUUUCUUCAAGUGCAGUUAGCUCAAGAGACAAUGACUCAUCACUACAAAUUACACUACAAAAGAUUUUGGAUAAACAGGAAAAGAUCGAGAAGGAGAUCAACCAUCUUAAGCGUAGUAACAAUGACAGCUCUGAAAAUAACUCAAACAAUUUCAACAACAAUGCCUUUAAAAAGAAACUAGCAAAGCUUUAGGGGUCAUAAUUACUUCAACAAUGGAUUUGGUUGAGGACAGAACAGGGGUCAGUACAACAACAGAAGGGGUUCUGGCAGCUCAAGAGGAUUUAACUACAAUAGAAGAGGAUACAAUCAAUUCAACAACAAUCAAAGUAAUCAAGACGUAGACAAACAGAGUAAUACAGAAGCCACAUCAAA